UCUAAGAGACCAGAUGGUUUACAUACUACUUCUACUUCCAUGAGAAGAGAAGAAAUGCUGCUACAACAUCUUCUUAUGGCUGUAAUAUUUUCAUUUACCUGUGUUGUGGAAAGUUAGAUUUCUGUUUUCUGAGAUGCGUAACUCAGAAAAGGAUGUUGUUGAAGAUGACUCAAGUAGAAGUAAUGUUGCUGCCCAUGAAAAGGUUCCUUCUGGAAUCUUGUUUCAGACUAUGAACUACGUGGGGCAACUUGCAGGACAAGUCCUGGUUACUGUGAAGGAGCUGUAUAAAGGCAUUAAUCAGGCAACCCUUUCGGGAUGCAUCGAUGUCAUUGUGGUCCGGCAGCAGGAUGGGACGUACCAGUGUUCUCCUUUCCAUGUCCGAUUUGGGAAGCUUGGUGUAUUGCGCUCUAAAGAAAAAGUGAUUGAUAUAGAAAUUAAUGGUGAUGCUGUUGAUCUUCAUAUGAAAUUGGGUGACAAUGGAGAAGCUUUCUUUGUGCAAGAAACCGAGGAGGAAAAUGAAAAAGUUCCUGCUUAUUUGGCAACAUCUCCAAUACCCACUGAAGAUCAGUUUUUUAAAGACACUGACAAUCAUUUGAAAUCAGGUGAAAAUGAGAGGACAUGUGCAAACUCAGAAAUUCCGCACUCUGGAGAAACAGAGACUGUAUUCACCCCAGGUUCUGUGAAAAAGAAAAAAAGAAGAAGGAAGAAAUAUAAACAAGAUAGCAGGAAAGAAGAUCAGAUCUCUUCUGCUGGGACUGAAGACAUUUUUGAAAUGGAAAUAAGCUCAGAUGAUGAAAAAAGUGUACAGCCCCUAAGAGGAUCCUCAAAUUCAUCACCAAAGGGUGAAGAACAAAAAGAAUCUUUGAUUUAUCAUUCGAAGGACCAUUACCCCUUAUCUGAUGGAGACUGGUCUCCUCUGGAGAACCCUUUCUCUGAGCAAGUCUGCCCUAAAAGCGAUUCAGAACUAGAAGUUAAGCCUGCUGAGAGCUUGCUCAGAUCUGAAUCUCACAUGGAAUGGACAUGGGGAGGAUUCCCAGAAUCUACCAAGAUAAGUAAGAAAGAAAAACUGGAACACUGCAGAACAGCCACCAUUACUCCAUCAGAGAAGACUCAUUUUAGGGUCAUCCUCAGCUCUGAUGAAGUUGAAGACGAUGAUGAUGUGAAAGAUUCUGUCUGUACAGUACUGAAACCUGAGCCAAGAACUCAUCCUCUCCUUAAGCAGAUGGAUGUUAAAGACUCUGUUGCUUCUGCAGUUGUAGAACCACAAGUUCCAUUGCCAUUGGAUGGUGAUCAUCAUUCUAGAAUAUUGAUGGAUCCUUUACCAGAAACAAAACCAACAGCAAAAACUGACUCUCCUUCCAAAAAGAAAGGGGUGCACAAGCGAAGUCAUCAUCAAGGCCCUGAUGAUAUUUACUUGGAUGACCUAAAGGCUUUGGAACCUGAAGUUGCAGCGCUCUACUUUCCCAAAAGUGAUUCUGAUCCUGGCUUCAGGCAGUGGACAGAGUCAGAUACCCUUUCUGGUUCCCAGUCACCCCAGUCAGUGGGAAGUGCUGCUGCUGAUAGUGGUACAGAGUGCAUGUCUGAUUCUGCUAUGGACUUGCCUGAUGUUACACUUUCACUUUGUGGAGGUCUCAAUGAAAAUGGAGAGAUUUCUAAAGAAAAAUUCAUGGAACAUAUUAUUACUUAUCAUGAAUUUGCUGAAAACCCUGGACUCAUAGACAAUCCUAAUUUAGUAAUACGGAUUUAUAACAGGUAUUAUAACUGGGCAUUGGCUGCUCCUAUGAUUCUGAGUUUGCAGGUGUUUCAGAAGAGUUUGCCUAAGGCUACUGUUGAGUCUUGGGUCAAAGAAAAGAUGCCAAAGAAGUCUGGAAGGUGGUGGUUCUGGCGCAAGAAAGAAAGCAUGACUAAGCAGAUCCCAGAGGCAAAAGAGGGGAAAACUGAGACGCAAAGUGCAAAUGAACUGCCAGCAACUAUAAAAGAGCAAGUUAAUAGUAGGCCUCCAGAGGAUGAUUCUUCUAGUGAUGAAGCAUCGCAGGAGGUAAAGGAAUCCCUGAAAAUGGAUUCUGCCCCAGCAGAGCAUCCACCCCAUGGGAACGUUACAUCUUAUAAGAAGUCACUUAGAUUGUCUUCGGACCAAAUAGCAAAGUUGAAGCUCAGAGAUGGCCCCAAUGAUGUUGUGUUUAGUAUUACAACCCAGUAUCAAGGGACUUGCCGUUGUGCAGGAACAAUAUACCUCUGGAACUGGAAUGAUAAAAUCAUAAUAUCAGACAUUGAUGGAACAAUAACCAAGUCUGAUGCUUUGGGACAUAUCCUCCCUCAGUUUGGCAAGGACUGGACUCAUCAAGGCAUUGCAAAACUCUAUCAUUCCAUAAAUGAAAAUGGCUACAAGUUCCUGUACUGUUCCGCCCGUGCCAUUGGGAUGGCAGAUAUCACCAGAGGAUACCUGCACUGGGUGAAUGACAAAGGAACAAUUCUGCCCAGGGGCCCUCUCAUGUUGUCCCCCAGCAGUUUGUUUUCUGCCUUUCAUAGGGAAGUCAUCGAAAAGAAGCCUGAGAAGUUUAAAAUUGAAUGUUUGAAUGAUAUCAAGAAUUUGUUUGCUCCCAGUAAACAACCUUUCUAUGCUGCUUUUGGAAACAGACCCAAUGAUGUAUAUGCCUACAUGCAAGUGGGAGUUCCAGACUGCAGAAUAUUUACUGUAAAUCCAAAGGGUGAACUGAUUCAAGAACAGACUAAGGGAAACAAAUCUUCGUAUUACAGACUAAGUGAGCUUGUGGAAUAUGUGUUCCCAUUGAUUAAUAAAGAACAGAAUUCUGCAUUUCCGUGCCCAGAGUUCAGUUCUUUUUGCUACUGGAGAGAGCCUCUUCCUGACCUUAACAUGGAUGACCUGGCGUGAAAAGGACUUUUCACCAGGAGAUGGAAUUUCAUAUUGAGCUACUCAACUUCAGUUUAAAUGUGAAGAACUUUCUUAAUGAGGAUGCUAAUUUAUAUAUUGGUACCGUAAGUCUUACUAAAGAAAUCACUUUAAUUUCAUUGGUUCAAAACAAAGAAAAUGCAAAGCUACUGUCUGGUUUUUUUUGUGGGAGGGUGUGCAGAUUUUUGUGUUUGUUUGUUUAUUGCUUGUUAUUAUAUACCUGUUCUAAGGCACUUGAGAUUGGCCUGUCAUUGAUGGUCAUGGUACCCAAGUGCUUCAGGGCAACUAAAUGCUGAGGUAAAAUAUGACUUUGCAUUUUCAUCAAUACAAACCUUAUUGUAACCAUAGAUUAUUCUUUUUAAGUUGUCUUAAAGAUAUUUUCUAAAACUAAGCCAAAAAGUGUAUGGAAACUGCCAAAUAGAAUGUCAGAUCUAUCAGUGAAGAGCAUGGUUUAAUGUUCAGAUGGGCAUUUAGGCCAUUUUUGAAAGGAGCCAGAGUGUAAGACCACUGUGCUCUUUCUCAGCUAGAAUACAGAAAAUGUACAGACCUUACUAGCCUGACAGAUUCUGAAGACAUAAAAUUACUCUCUAAA